GAGUGCCGAGGCGGCACGCGGGAAGCUCUCGCGGCCAUGGCGGCCUUGGGCCCCGCGAGUCGCUUCUGGUGCUCGUGUCCCGAGGUGCCCUCCGCCACAUUCUUCACCGCCCUGCUCUCGCUGCUGGUGUCGGGCCCCCGCCUGUUCCUGCUGCAGCCGCCUCUGGCGCCCUCGGGGCUGUCUCUGCGCUCCGAGGCCCUGCGCAACUGGCAAGUUUACAGGCUGGUGACUUACAUCUUCGUCUACGAGAACCCGGUCUCCCUGCUCUGUGGCGCCGUCAUCAUCUGGCGCUUUGCUGGCAACUUCGAGAGGAGUGUGGGCACCGUCCGCCAUUGCUUCUUCACCUUGAUCUUUACCAUCUUCUCGGCCAUCAUCUACCUGUCAUUUGAGUCUGUGUCGUCGCUGUCUAAGCUGGGCGAGGUGGAGGAUGCCAGAGGGUUCACCCCAGUGGCUUUCGCCAUGCUGGGGGUCACCUCAGUCCGCUCUCGCAUGAGGCGGGCCCUGGUGUUCGGUGUGGUGGUGCCUUCCGUCCUCGUCCCGUGGCUGCUGCUGUGUGCCUCCUGGCUCAUCCCUCAGACCUCCUUCCUCAGUAACCUCUCUGGUCUUUUGAUCGGUCUCUCAUAUGGCCUCACCUACUGCUACUCCCUCGACCUCUCUGAGCGAGUAGCCCUGAAGCUUGAUCAGAAGUUCCCCUUCAGCGUCAUGAGGAGGAUUCCCUUGUUCAAGUACAUCUCAGGUUCUUCUGCCGAAAGAAGAGCAGCCCAGAGCCGUAGGCUGAACCCUGCACCUGGCUCCUACCCCACACAGAGUUGCCACCCUCAUCUGACUCCAAGUCACCCUGUCACCCAGAUGCAGCAUGCCAGUGGCCAGAAACUGGCUUCCUGGCCUCCUGGACAUAUGCCCAGCCUACCUCCAUACCAGCCUGCUUCCGGCCUGUGUUAUGUGCAGAACCACUUUGGGCCUAAUCCCACUGCCUCCAGUGUGUACCCGGGUUCUGCAGGGACUUCCCAGGGGGUGCAGCCUCCCUCCCCCAUCAGCUGUCCUGGCACUGUGUAUUCUGGGGCCCUGGGCACUCCAGGGGCUACAGGCUCCAAGGAGUCUUCCAAGGUAGCCAUGCCCUAACCAAUCUGCAGAGGGGGCUUCCACCAUGUUGGAUAGAGAAAGGUCCUACCUGAGAAUUUAAGAAUUAUUUAUUGAAGCCAGGGCAUGCCAGCCUGUCAUCCCAGCUGCUUGGGUGGUUGAGGCCCGUCUGGACUCCAGAGCAAGUUCAAGACCAGCCUAGGCUAUGUAUAACAAACUCUGUCUCAGGAUUAAUAACAGUAGCUAGGACUGGAGAUCCGUGGUAGAGUGCUUACUUAGCAUAAUUAAGGCUCUGAGUCCUCAGCUCCACAAAAACAAAAAAAGAAUUGCUAAGUAAAUACUCUGUGUGGCAGGUCUGUUGAGUACUUUGAUAAAUGUCCUUGUAUCUGUCUUCCCUCAAGGCAGCUCUAGAAAGUUUACUGGCCCAGCUUUCAGAAACAGAAAAUAAAGCUGGGCAUGGUGAGGCAUGCCUGUAAUCUGAGGCUCAGAAGUCUAAGGUCAUCCCCAGCUACACAGUGGGUUGAGGCUAGGCCCCGGGCAAAUGUGAGAAUAGAUAUUCUUGAGUACCUGGAGUCUUGGGGCUUCAGAGAUACUGCUGGGCUCCUUGGUUCCUAAUCUAGUGUCUUGAGAAGUUGCCAUUGUCAUCAGCUGCCAGGCUGCCAGAGACUCUUGCUGUCCUACCCAUCCUGCCCUGCUCAGUGCCCGUGGGUCAUUGCUUGUGUCUGGUGUGACUGUGUACCGGGCAGUCCGUGUAACAUUGUCUUCCCCACAGCCAUCACUGAUGGCACUUCUGCCUGACUGGUGACCUGCAGCAGCAGGCUGGUGAUCCACCCUGUGAGUUACAUCUGUAUAAAAACCAGCCUCCAACCUGCCA